AUGGCUUCCGCAGCUGCUUCGACGGGCUCAUCCCUGAGCUCUCCGGUGCGCUUUGAAAGUCCUCCCCCUGAGUUCUGUCCCCCACCACUGCGACUCCGUCGCAACAAGUCGGGAACCGGCUCCGACUCAAUAAACUAUGCAGACUCCGUUACAACCAAUGCUCAGACUGCCGGCUCAAGAGAGUACCAUGCGAGAGCGGGUGACCCCCAUGCAAAAGCUGGACCAACAUCGACACGACCCCAGAAGCGCCUCUCAAGACUAGGAUCAUUGGUGUCCAAGUUUGAGAUAUUGGAAGCAGCGAACAAAACCGAACCAAGUUCCUCUAUCUUUUUCGGAGAAAGAGAAAGCAAACCAUCAGAGAAAGGCUCUGGAGAAGUUCGUCAAAGCAAGGACUUUGGCACACAAACAGAACUGUCCUAUAAUCAUGGGGCAUUUUGCGUGCUGGCGGAGGAUGGUGGAUCAGCACAAGGGAAUGAAAGAGUUCCCGAGCUGCUAAAGCUAUUCGAUCGGUCUUCUUCGGGAUCUAUGAUGUCUUUUGCACGUCAGUUUAACGCCAUUUCGCAUCAGACACAGUCAACGCCGCCGGCCUUGACCACCGAGAUUGCUGUUGACGAUUUUGAUUGCACCUUUUUAGAUGGCCAGGACAAGCUCGAGCCAUCAUCCCCUACGCCGCCUGCUGUUGAUCAUGGAUCCCCUAUCAAAGACCGUAUCAAGCAUUUUGAACACCUUCACCGCCGUUCUCAAUCGCACGCAACAGCCUCCAAUAAUGCAAGUCACGUGAGCGUGGUGAUGAAUGGAGCAGGAGAGCCCGUGUCAACUGUACAUAAAGUAGUGGGAAGCCAUCAUCCCGUCCGCAACAUCUGGCGCCGCAUCUCGCAGUCACUGACACAAUCACUUGAUGGAAGUCACUGCCGCGAGCAAUAUCGUUCGUCAUACCGUGAGUCAACGACGAGUAUCGAGUACACUCGUUCUCCCUACCGCUCGGUAUUUCCAUUGCUGCCGGCACGCAAGAGUUUCCCUUUCAUACCGAGGUUUGUGAGCGAUGACGCGGAAACCCACCUAUUUGGUCUGGACGGCGCAAACCAGUCCACUCCACGCGUACUUGAGGACAAUAUCUUUCAAGAAACGAGCGACGGUACGACAAGCAACAAGUCUAUGCAUGGCCAUGGUCUAUCAAGAUCCCAACGUCCCAGUAAUGACAGUGUUGCGAGCCAUCACACGUCAUAUUCGGUACAGGGUGGGCUCCUCAAGCGGGCAGCACAGCAGGAUCGAGACAAGCGUAAGGAACAGAAGAAAAAGGACAAACAACGCGAACGAGAAGAUCGCAAGAGGCGCAUCGCCCAACGCAGACAAAACAAGCUCGAUGAAACUGAUCGUGCGGUCUCGGGUGUCUCGCAUCAUGUACAGGAGGCAGAUUCUCGAGAUGCUCGAUGGGGCCAACAGACUGCGAGCGGAUUCAUGAUUCGAGAAGCAGGGUUAUCUUCUGGUGACUUGGUCGCUCCAAAGCCACGUAGACCAGGGCAGGUCAAGAACAUUGUAAAUUACUACAAGGAGAAGAGCACCAGCCUUUUAAGGAUCGCCAGUGGUGGGCACUUUGGCACUAGCAAAGAAGAUCUUGAUGGCGAUCCUGGUGCAAGCAUGGGAAAGGCCCGCCAUCCAUCAAAGGAGAAAGGCAAGGGCAAAGGACAGGCAGAUUGA